AUGCCGCCGGCGUGCCGCUCGCUGCUGUUCGGCGCCGUAAUACUUGUGGUCCUCUGUCUCAUCCUUGUUGACAUCGCCAAAGUGGAAGAAGAAGCUGCGAACAUUGGAGACUCCAGAAAGCUGUUCUGGCACGGCCUCGUCCCCAAGUCCAGCAGAAAGGCUACAGCGAAGGUGGAUCCCAGACCUCCGGCAAACCCUGGUAAAGACGUAAGCUAUUGCCUUUUCCGAAGCUUGAACGACACCGCUAACCUUUCCUCGCACAACUGGACCUUCAACAAGACGCUCUCCAUCCUCAUCAGGAAGAACAUCCUGAGAUUCCUCGAUCCGGAGAGGGACAUCUCUAUUCUGAAAGGCACGCUGAAACCAGGAGACAUCGUCCACUACGUUUUUGACCGCCGCAGCACCACGAACAUCUCGGAAAACCUUUACCGCCUGCUGCCGAGCGUGUCCCCCAUGAAGAACCAGCACCACAGGCGCUGUGCCAUCGUGGGCAACUCUGGGAUUCUGCUGAACAGCAGCUGCGGGCCGGAGAUCGACUCUCACGACUUCGUCAUCAGGUGUAACCUUGCCCCCGUGGAGGAAUACUCCCAGGAUGUGGGACUGCGCACUAACCUGGUAACCAUGAACCCUUCGGUGGUGCAGCGGGCUUUCCAGGACCUCGCGAAUGAAGAAUGGAGGCAGCGCUUCCUGCAGCGGCUACGCGGCCUUAGCGGCAGUGUGCUGUGGAUUCCAGCCUUUAUGGCUAAAGGGGGAGAGGAGCGUGUGGAAUGGGCCGUUCGGCUAAUUCUCCUCCAUGCUGUGGAUGUGCGUGUGGCCUUUCCUUCACUGCGCCUUCUCCACGCCGUCCGAGGGUACUGGCUGACCAACAACGUCAAGAUUAAACGGCCCACCACCGGGCUGCUGAUGUACACCAUGGCCACCCGCUUCUGCGAAGAAAUCCACUUGUACGGCUUCUGGCCCUUUCCGCUCGACCCGCAGGGGAAAGCGGUUAAAUACCACUACUAUGACGCACUAACGUACGACUACGCCUCUCAUUCGAGCCCGCACACCAUGCCGCUGGAGUUCAGGACCCUGAGCACGUUGCACGGACAGGGGGCGCUCAGACUCCACACUGAAGCGUGUCGUGCAGAGAAGCCGCCGUAGAACGCUGCGAGGGAG